AUGUCUGUCGACAAACUGAACACGUCUAACAGUCAGGUAAUGGACAAUAUGCGAACGUCUGACAUUCUGAUGCACCCAGAGGACAAUGGGGGACCAGAGGACGCAGGUGCUUCUGAACUUGUUUUGCAACGUCCUCUAUUCACCAUUGGACAGAAUUACCAAAAUAUAACGAUUUUUAAGGAGAUUUACACGCUAGCCAAUCAGCAAACAGGACGGCAACGACCGUGCCAGCGCAGAUCGAGUGAACGACCCGAAUCCAGGAGACACGCUAGCCAAUCAGCAAACAGAACGACAACGACUGUGCCAGCGCAGAUCGAGUGA